UUAUCUGUGAUGGACGUCGUUACUUCUGAGUCAGAAACGUUGACUCGUUCAUUCGUUUGUUUUCCGUUUUUAGGCUGGACGAAACCUUCACCGUUAAAGUGGCUGAUUUCGGCAUGGCGAGGGACAUCUACGACAAGGAAUACUACAGCAUCCAGGAUCAGAGACGGGUCAAGCUGCCAGUCAAGUGGAUGGCGAUAGAAAGUCUGCAGACUCAGAAGUUCACGACCAAGUCAGACGUGUGGUCGUACGGCAUCUUACUGUGGGAGCUGUUAACCAGAGGAGCCAGUCCGUAUCCGGAGGUCGACCCGUAUGACAUCACUCACUACCUGUUGAAGGGCCGUCGCCUCCCGCAGCCCCAGUUUUGUCCUGACGGCCUGUAAGACGCACGAACACAACACGCAGCCAAUAUGA